ACUGCUAAAAAUAAAUUUUAUGGCCAGAAAAGGAUGGAAUAUAAUGACCAUACUCUAAACAGAGUUAGACACUACUUGAAGAAUGCAGACAUUCAAGCAUUGGACAGAAAUGAUGAUUUACCAGAGGGUUACUCUCGAUUCUUCACUGUUCCCAUUACUCCCAAAGAUUCCUACAAUGAAGUGUACCCUGGAAUUAUCAUAGCCAAUGGAGACUAUGCUAGAAAUAAAGAAGAACUCAAAAGAAUUGGAAUAACGCAUGUCGUAAAUUGUGCCAAAGGUUUAAAGUAUGGCCAGUUUGACACAAGUCCUUCUUACUUCAAAGAUGCUGGCAUACGGUUUCUUGGAAUACAGGCUAAUGAUGUUAUCACAUUUGAUAUGUCCAAACAUUUUGAGAAAGCUGCUAAUUUCAUAGAUGAGGCACUAGCCAAAGGAGGCAAAGUGUUUGUGCACUGUAAUAAAGGUAUAAGUCGGUCUGCCUCGAUUGUCUUGGCCUUUCUAAUGAUAAAGCGAGGGAUGAAUUUUAUGACAGCAGUUAGAACUGUGCGGUCUAAAAGAGAAGUCCUGCCAAAUGAUGGAUUCCUGAAACAGUUAGCCAUACUUAAUUAUACACUGUAUGAAGCUCACAAUGCGUAUUAGAUCCUCCAUUUAUGUUUGAAUUUUUUUUUCAUAGUUUUAAUAUUUGAGAAUUUUAUACAAUAAUUUUGUCAUGAAGAUUUUUAUAACCAGUCACACACUAUCUUUUAUACAUACAAGUACUUUGUACACAUUAAUUUUUUAGUCUGUAGUUGAAAUAUUAUUGUAUAUAUUUUAUUGUAAUGUUUUGUGACAAUUUUUUUGU